CGAAAAUAAACAACCCCAAAUGUAGAAAGUGUCGUCGUUUUGUAGCUCAAUGAACUAAUGCCUAAAACGCCGCCGUUUCCUAGCUCAAUGAACUGAUGGCCAAUACGUCGCCGUUCUAUGCGAUACUUGUGUAGAUUUAAGCCUUUUGUAUCAGAAGAAUCUGAUCCGCCGUGGUUGCGUUUCAUGAGAAAUUUCCGGUUGAUUUAUUUGUGAAUUCGCCGUGUGAUUGAACAUCAUCAUGAUGAUCUCACACUGUGCUUCAUUUGCUAUUGUCCCAGAAGUUCAGAGUCCGAAAUCUUUAAGGUUGUUGGAUAAAGUCUCUGUAGCUCUUGGAGAUUCUGUGGCUACUACUCAGGAAAACUAUGAGGCAGUGGUUCUGAUUGAUCUUCGUGUUCCCUGGUUUAACAAGUCUGCCUAUUAUGCCAUGGCAGGGAUCUCUGGGAGAGAAAGCAAUGGUCUUGUCACCGGGAAAGCUUUUAGCAGAAUGCUUGAAGAAGAAGGGAAGACGCCAGAUUUUGUGGUGAUGCAGCAGCUAAGGAGAGCCUAACGACAACACUUGGAGCCCAAAGCCUUAGAGCAACAUUUUCACCUCAAGAGCCUCCAUUUGAAAGUGUGGUGUUUGAGUAAGAAAUCAGAGAUCAGUGUGAGUUUAGUUAGUUAUCUGGAAGAAAGUUUCUGAAUCUGAAUCAUGAAAAGAAACAUCAUUUGUUCAUAGAUUGAUAAAACUUUGCGUUGCGAUUUGUUCCUGUGUGAAUUGAGGCUUAUAUGAGCAGAGACAAACACUGUUGCUCUUGUCUUGUGUAUGAUUGGUAAACACUUUAUGCAAACAAACACUGUUGAUUGAUAUUGUGUUUUUUUUUACCACUUAUCUCAGCUGCUCAAAUAAGAGAACACAUUGCUUGGCAAACAGUAGACUUCACUCACAUAAGUCAAACUCAAAUCUUUCAAAGCCACGAUGAUCAAACUAUCAGAAACAGAGCAUAUCCUCUUAUCGACUAAGGUCGCCUCAGCAUCUUCAAACUUCCCAUCUCCCCCCAAGAACUGGAAAACCGGUUUCGCAAAUACCGGGUUCUCGCUGUGACAGAACUUGUAGAACCUCUUGAAACCAAGAACCUUUUUGGUCCUCUUCGAGAUGAUCACUUUGUCACGUCUUAUCAUCCUCCAGCAACCGCCAUUGCAUCCAUCGGUUCUACCACAAGUCUCUGUCUUGUUAACGAAGAAGUAGUGUCCCACGUGUAGGACGAAAGAGGUGUGAAGACGACCCACAAUCCUCCAUGGCUCCACACCGUACACUUUCUCGCCACGCGAGAAACGUAUAGGCCAAUCGUUUCGAAUAACACCGAUCAACGAGUGCAGAGAGAAUGUGAUUGUUUCAUCCUUUGGCUCGUCCCGUACACAAAAGUCCCACCUCGGCAUCAAAGGUCUAUCAGAUAACGGCGAUGCUAUCAAGAACGAGAAAUGCGUGGCGAGCAAGGAAGUAACCUCGCGUUGGAACAGAAGACGAAUCUUGCAAAUCACUUGAUCUUGCUUCCGUUUGUUGACGAGCCUAUACUCUUCCAUCACCCAGAUUCUCUCAUCCUCUUCUUCUUCCUUAUCACAGAACUUGAGAAUCUUCUUGAACCCUAGAAACUUCCCGGUCUCCUCAGACUUGAUCAGUUUAUCACGAGCCAUGAUUCUCCAGCAACCCCAUCCGCAUCCGUCGGUUUUACCACAAGCCUCUGUUCGGCCUUUGGCGAAGACGUAGUAGUAAGCGUUCUGAGUAUUGAAGAAGUUCCAUGGAUUCAGGUUGUACACGUGUGCUUGCAAGUCUUGGAGGAAGUGGUUAGGCCAGGAUUUGCCGCUGUUCAUCAUCAUAUUCAGAUAGUAUGAGAUGAUCACCUCGUCUGCUGGUUCGAUUAGUUCAUCUUCAUCUUCAGAUGAUACAGAGUGAUCAUCCAUGCUCUUCUUCUUUGGUGAUGAAACUCGAUUGAUCUCGGAUAGGAGAAGAAGAUUUUGCAGUGAUGAAAUAAUAAUGAGAGAGGGAGAAACAAGAAGCGCAAGAAGCAAAGAAGAGAUGGAGCGAAGAAGAAAGAAGAAGAAGAAGAAGAAGAGAAAUGCUUUAUAGUUAGUUGUUACCGAAUUACCGUUAUCUUUUUUUAUUCCGUAACUACCCUCUUCCUCUACGGAUAUUUACUGUUGUGCUAGUUUUCUAUAAACUGCGUUUUAAAAAAAAAAAAUCAUGCUCAUCUCUAGUUAAUUAAAUAUACGUGACUAGUUUAUUUAGAAGAGUUGUUGAUUACCGAUAUUCUGCAGUUUAUGUACAUGGGUUUUCCAGAAAUACAGUGAUAUUUGUUAAUUAAAUCAUUGUUAUGCUUG